CCUGCUUCGGCUCUUCUCUCAUCAUGGUGCCUUGCAGUCUACCACUCCGGUGCUCGCAUGGCAGUGUCAUCCAGUUCUCACCUUGGGCCUCCUCACUCCACAACACUCCGACACCUCAUCCACUUCACCACCUUCCAUCGCCACUGCCAUGCGACAUCGACUCACCUCUUCCACUUUCGGUUUCUCGUGUUCUUCGGUUCCAUCAUCAUCGGUCAUCCUCUUCGCCAGCCAUCCCUCAGCCAGAAAGAGACGGAAUGGGCUAGACAGGUCGCAAGAAGAAAGAGGUGGAGUCUGGUUUUCUUUGGGCUGGACCUCGAUCCUCCUGGGACGAGUGAGCGCAUGUUCCGAGUCGGAUGACAGAAGCACUUCGUUGCUGGCAUCUCGGACUUGCGAUGUUGAGAUGCAGGCGAGGUUGAGUCGAGCGGAAAGGCUGGAACGUUCGAGUUCAGGCUUAGUACAAUCCUCACCCUGCAUUCUCUUCGGGUGGCCAUUGGGCUGGUGUGCAGAGUGUGGCGGCUCCGCAAGGAUUUCAGGACAAUCACAUGCACAUCUCUGGUUCCGGAGUGGUAAUAUCGGUAGAGGACCUUUGGCCGAUAUGGCUUGGCUGCUUGGUAUCAUCUGGGAGUACUUGGGCAUGGGCAUGGGCAUGGGCAUGGUUUGGCAUGGAGCCUCUGGCACGGUAAAUGGUUUGGUUUUUCUGUAUGCACUUUGUGAUUGACCUGACAU